AAAAUAAAAUCUUCGUAUGAAUCGUAUCCCAAAAAAACACUGCCGGCCAAUAAAUAAAGGUUAAGUCGAUAGUCGAUACUGAAAUCCUCCUCUUUCUAAACCCCUUUCUUCCUCUUAUCGCUGUAAGACAACUCAAUAGGUGUAUUGUUUAGAGGCUAAAAUGAGCUCUGUUGGUGGUAGAUCUGCUGGAAGAGCAUUUGAGUUUGGAAGAACCUAUGUAGUCAGGCCUAAAGGUAAACACCAAGCAACUAUAGUUUGGUUGCAUGGUCUCGGGGAUAACGGCUCCAGUUGGUCCCAGCUAUUAGAGACCAUUCCUCUUCCAAAUAUUAAAUGGAUAUGUCCAACUGCUCCCACACGACCAAUGUCUAUAUUUGGCGGCUUUCCUUCUACUGCUUGGUUUGAUGUUGAAGAGCUUUCUGAAGCAGCUCCCGAUGAUCUAGAAGGUUUGGAUGCUUCAGCGGCACAUGUUGCCAAUUUGUUGUCGACAGAACCUGCAGACAUUAAGCUUGGUGUUGGAGGGUUUAGCAUGGGAGCAGCUACUGCCCUUUACUCAGCAUCCUGCUUUACUGCUGGAAAAUAUGGGAAUGGCAAUGCUUAUCCAGCCAACAUAAGUGCAGCUGUUGGAUUAAGUGGCUGGCUUCCAUGUUCAAAGACCUUGAGUAACAAAUUACAAGGGGUAGAUGAAGCCACAAGGCGUGCUCAGUCCUUUCCCAUUUUGAUGUGUCAUGGAAAAGGCGAUGACGUGGUUCCAUUUAAGUUUGGUGAGAAAUCAUCCAAGUGCUUAAGUGCUAAUGGAUUUCAGGAUGUAACUUUUAAAGCUUAUAAUGGGCUUGGCCACUACACAAUUCCAGAAGAGACGGACGAUGUUUGUGCUUGGCUAACAUCAAAAUUGGGACUUGAAGGCAAUGCUGCCUAGUUAGCACUUAGCAUUAGUAAGAAAGGGACCAAAAUGUGAAAAAAAUAGUUAUUUCUCUUUUUUCUAUGACUAUUAUAAUUUAAUUUAUUAGUCGCAAUUUCAGCGAGUACCCUGGGGUAUUUGUUUAAGAAAACAAAAAUGAGUAUUAAUUUGUUGGAAAAUACAUUUUAGAGAAUAAUGAUUUGCAUGUGGUAUCUUUCUACUUUCCCAAUGAACACAUAAUUUUGACGA